ACCAUUCAAAAGUCGCGUCAAAAAUCUCAGCUGAUUUUGCUUUGUUUUGCAAAAUUGUUCUUUGAGAAAAUUCCAGAAAAUUUCCACUUGGAUGACGAAUCAAUAGAUUUUGUGGAGCAAAAACCAUCUAGUGAAUAUGGAGGAAAGUGGUGUUGUGGAAAAAUCCCAGUGUCUUGAUGGGGAACUGGGCGUAAAUAUUCCUAACCUCACAGAUGUGAUAGUUCAGCUGAAAGAUGAGGGAAAUAGGUGCUUCAGGGAGGGAAACUAUGAGGAUUCCCUCAUUUUAUACAGUGCUGGCGUGAAGAUCUGCCCCAGUGAGUCAUUGGAGCAGCGGGCAGUUUUCUUUGCAAACAGGGCAGCUACCAAUUUGAAGCUGGAGGAAUUUUCUCGCGUUGUAGAGGAUUGCACAGUUGCGCUGCUACUGAAGCCAGACUACUUGAAGGUCCUGCAGAGGCGAGCCUCAGUCCUGGAAAAACUAGACAAGCUCGACGAAAGUCUCGAGGACUAUCAAAAAAUCCUCACACUGGAUCCCAAUAAUACCGAAGCACGCUUUGCAUCUGCCAGACUCGCCGAAAUGGUUCAACAACGCAACGAGAAGCUGAAAGAAGAGAUGCUGGACAAGUUAAAAGACGUAGGCAAUCUCAUCCUGAAGCCCUUUGGCCUGUCCACAAACAACUUCAAGAUGGUGAAGGACGAGAAGAGUGGCUCUUAUUCCAUCAACUUCGUCAACAGCAAUCACUAACACUCCUUCCUUUUACUCUGUGUGAAUGUUUUUAUUCAUUAAAUGUUUCUCUCUCACUAUUAAA